AUGAGGGGAAGAAGAGGAAGGCCGCCCAAACAAGCAGCCGUGAUGCGGGAAGGUUCACCCGGGACAAUCCGGGGCUCGCGGGGCGGCAGGACUAGGGGGAUGCGCGGACGGGGACGAGGGAGAGGACGGGGCCGGGGGCGGGGAGGAAGUGGAGGCGUUUGCAGCAUUGGCUCUCUGGAGGUGGAUGCAGAAAUCUCCGGGCGAGAGAACUUUCAUUCGUCUCGGGGCCGCAGGAAAGUUGGAGCCUCCACCGCGGCGGCUGCAGCGACAUCGCGGGGCAGAGGGAGCAGAGGCAGAGGCAGGGGGUCGAGAGGCGGCCGCGGCAGCAGAGGCGGGGUGAAGCGGCCUCAAACCAAGGUGGUCUACGACGACAACAGCGACGAGGAGGACGACAAUUUAAGCUACCGCUCGGACGAAGACGAACUUAACGACAACCCGUCGUCGGGUCUCGAAGAUGAAGAGGCCUUGGGAAACGAAUCUGAUUAUCUGGAGGACCUACCGGAUGAUGAGGAUGCCAGCUACUGUACGGAGAGUAGUUUUAGGAGCCACAGCACGCUCGGGAGCACCCCAGGCCGGAAAAGGAGCAGGCCCUUGCGACCACGUUCUCCUAUCCUUGAGGCAAAGGACAUCCCUCCCCUGGAGCUUCCAAAGACCUCUGAGGACCUCUUGGUCCCUGCCUCACAGCUCCUCAAUGUGUCUGCUGUCUACGAGGUCCUGCGUAACUUUGGCACCGUCUUGCGGCUCUCCCCCUUCCGCUUUGAGGAUUUCUGUGCCGCCCUCGCCAGCCAGGAGCAGUGCACGUUGCUGGCAGAGACCCACAUCUCAUUGCUUAAAGCUAUUCUCAGAGAGGAGGACACUUCAAAUACCACAUUCGGUCCUGCUGAUGUGAAGGACUCCGUCAACUCCACCCUGUAUUUUGUGGAUGGGAUGACCUGGCCGGAGGUGGUGCGGGCGUACUGUGAGAGCGACCCGGAGUACCGGAACAUUCUGCCUCUCCAGGAGAACGAGGAUUACCCGUACGAACCGCUGGAGAGCAAAAUUAAAGUCCUUCAGUUUUUGGUGGAUCAGUUCUUGGCAACGAACAUUGCCCGGGAGGAGCUCAUGUCCGAGGGGGUGGUUGCCUACGACGACCACUGUAGGGUGUGCCAUCGCCUUGGCGACCUGCUGUGCUGCGAGACCUGCUCAGCUGUCUACCACCUGGAGUGCGUGAAGCCGCCGCUGCAGGAGGUGCCGGAGGACGAGUGGCAGUGCGAGGUGUGCGCGGCGCACAAGGUGCCCGGCGUGGCGGACUGCAUCCCCGAGGUGCAGAAGAGCAGGCCUUUCAUCCGGCAGCUACCAGUGGGCUACGACAGACACCACCGUAAAUACUGGUUCCUGAACCGGCGGAUUGUCAUCGAGGAAGACGGGGAGCAGGAGGACAAAGCCAUCUGGUACUACAGCACCAAGGUUCAGCUCGCUGAGCUGAUAGACCGCUUGGAUAAGGACUACUGGGAGGCCGACUUGUACGCAGCCAUUGAGGAAAUAAGGGAUGAGGUGCACUCCCACAUGGAUAUCACUGAGGACCUAACCAACAAGGCUCGUGGCAGCAACAAGUGUUUCCUCACGGCUGCGAAUGAUGAGAUCCUUGAGAAGUUGCGGGCUAAGAAGGAGGAGGAACUGGAAGAGGUUAAGAAACGGGCUGCUGAGGAGGCCCAGAAAGCACGGCUGGAAAAGGAGAGAAAAGAAGUAGACGUGGAGGAGGAAGAUGAAGAGACCAAGGUGACAGCGGAGGGACAAAAGAUAAAUGAUCUGAUAAAGGAAGAGCAAGAGAUAAAAGAGGAGAUUACGCAAGAUAAAAGAGAUGGAGUCAAAACUGGAGUUGGUGCUGCUCCACCCACUGACCAAGAAGGUGGUAGUGGCAGUAGCACGAAAGACGGAUCCAUACCCCCGGAAAUGUCCUCUGCAACACAAAGCUCUGCUAUGAGCUCUAGUCCGGCCGCCACAUCUCCAAAGCUCCCUGCUUCCUCUGUGGAAGCUCGGAUAGAGGGAUGUUCCCCUGUGGAGGACCGAUUCUCUGAAUGUGUAACAGAAAACUCAUCCUCAGAUUCCAUCCCCCCAUGUGGCGAUGGUGUUUCAGGCCUGAACCAACCGUGCCAGCCCUGCGAGGAGAACAGCAACUGCAGCAUAGGAACUGGUGUCCUUCCCGGUGGUCCUGAACCCCCAGACUUGGCUGACAGGUCUUCCCAAUCAUCCAUGGCAAGCCUUGAUGACACAGGGGACAGUAAAGACUCAACAAACGGCGACAUGGCAGGUCCCGGCAGCAGGAAGUCCUCAGCAACUCGAAUGGUCACCCGACUGAGGAACCCAGAGAGCAAGCUGAGUCAGCUGAAAAACCAGCAGGUCGCUGCUGCCGUUCAUGAAGCCAACAGGGGGUUUAAGGAAGGCAAAGAGGUACUGGUAGUAAAUGCACAAGGAGACAUCACCCGUGUCAGCACGCGCAGCAAAGACGUGGUGAUGAAGGGGACCCUCAGCCAGUACUUCAAGCUUGGUCAGGAGGGCAAGUACAGAGUCUAUCAUAACCAGUACAGCUCCAACGCUCUGGCCCUCAACAAGCACCAGCACAGAGAGGCAAGUAGCAUGUUUGUGAAUGGAGGAUUUAAAGUUGUUCGUACCCUGAAUGACUGUCUGUGUGUGUCACAGAGGGACCACGACAAAAGGCGGCAUCUCUCCCAUAAGUUCUGCAUGACACCUGCAGGGGAGUUCAAGUGGAAUGGGUCCAUUCAUGGCUCUAAGGUGCUCACCAUCUCCACGUUGAGACUCACGAUCAUCCAGCUUGAGAACAAUGUUCCAGCUCCAUUCAUGCACCCUAACUGGUCCUCCCAUAGGACCAAUUGGAUCAAAGCUGUUCAGAUGUGCAGUAAGGCCAGAGAGUUUGCACUGGCUCUGGCCAUCCUGGAGUGUGCCAUCAAACCUGUGGCCAUGCUGCCUGUCUGGAAAGACUCACUUGGUCACACCAGGUUAAACCGCAUGACAUCCAUGGAGCGCGAGGAGAAAGAAAAGGUGAAGAAGAGAGAAAAGAAGCUGGAAGACGAGGAGAUAAUGCAACAGGCAACCUGGGUCAAAUACACCUUUCCAAUUAAGCACCAGGUGUGGAAGCAGAAAGGAGAGGAGUAUCGUGUUACGGGCUAUGGGGGCUGGAGCUGGAUCAGUAAGACUUAUGUGCCGCGGUUUGUCCCCAGACUUCCAGGGAACACCAAUGCCAACUACCGCAAAGAACUGGAAGAUGCAAAACUUGGCAAGAAAUGUACGCUGCUGGACCUGAGCAGACGCCUCAGUGUGACCUCAACAGAGGCUCGGGGCGAUGAAACGAAAGAUCAAGAGUCAGCAUACUCCUCAAAGCCACUUACUGAAGAUGUGGGGUCCACGGAGAUGGUGGAAGAACAGAAAGAAGAACUGCAUAAAAAAGAGACAAAGGAGCAAACAUCAACAGAUGAAUCACCUGCAAAGAUGGAAGUGGAUCCUAUAAACUCUCCACCAGAAGAUCAGCAAAUGUCUGAUAUUCCUGAGGAUAAAGCUUCCCUGAAAGUGGAAGCCACAGAUGAUGCUCUGCGGCCUUUCAACUACGAUGUCGUUGAUGUCAGCAAAGGUUUCCUCACCCGCAUUCCCUACAAGAGGAAGGUGAAGACCUCCAAGCUGGACAGCCUGCUGGAGCGCAGAGUCAAACAGCACGUGAUCGAGGAGAGGCAACGGCAGCAGGUGUCUGCAUCCAAACCUCUGGGACCUACAGCAGUUUUGACAUGCUCGGGCCCUACCCUGAGCACUCCUGUACGGCCGAGGUCGCCGCUCAAGCCCCAUGCUCUGGCACAGACACAGCUGUGUGAAGCUUUGAGCGUGGAGGAGAAAUCUUCCAUGAGACAAAGUCCGAGAGUACAAGAGGAAGCAGAAAAAGGCGCCAAACUCUCUAACGCAUCCCCUUCCCCUGUUUCAGACUCCAUACCUAAAGACAAUUGCAGUUUAGGUACUGGGAAAGAUUCUGAUUCCCCACAAAAUCCAACCACCUCCAUGCCCCAAGGGGUGGAGGACAGCUCAGCUGAAAGGACUACGGGGCCAAAGGAAACUAGUUCAGACAGUUCAGGGCAGGAGGGUGCCGGGCAGCCUGAUGGGCCAGCCAUGGCAGCUGGGGACGUUGACAGCUCUUCAGAGCCACACUGUGUUGCAUCAGAUGCAACACAGGCGGAACAAUCGGAAAUUACCGGGUCAGACCCUGUAAGGACACUUUCAAGUAUUAUUGACCAAAAAAACAGUCAAAACGCAUCUCUUUGCAAACCUGUAGAGCAAAACCCAGAAACUCAAAGCACGGUGCAACCGGGCAUGGAAGAAAAUGGCUUAGAGCCAGAGGAGAGCCAAGAGAAAUUGCAAGGUAUUGGACAUCACUUAAACCCUUCCGAAGCAGUCCCUCCUUUGCCUCAGGUGAAUGGUAAUGAUCGCUUGGAAAGUGAAAGCAUGCUGAGUAACUCUGUAAUCAACUCAAAUAAUGGCGUGUGCAGCGACAGGCCCCAGCCCAAGUUGAACAGCAUCGGUAAAGACGAAGAACAAAAGCUGAUUGUCCCGUUGAAAGACAACACACUGCAAAAGCCUUUAGUGAAUGGAUCGGUUGUUGAUGGUGUAGAGAUUAAAGCAAACGAGUCAAGCGUAAGCUCUAAAGUAGAGGUAGAGGGUGAGGCCAUACUGUCCGACCGGGAUUACAAACCUCCACUGAAGAUGACAAAGUUCGAAAACAACGUGGACAAACUUAGAGAUGACACUCGGGGCAUUAUGCAGCAAAACAGCACCUCGGCUUUUCAUUCUACGGCCGGCAAAGACAGCCCUCGGGUCAAGAUCAUAAGAAUGGCCCCGUCUCCAAUUCCUUCGGCCGAGGAGUCCAGUCUGAGUGACGACUUUACAGAGGAGAGCAGCAACAGUGGGUCAGCAGAGCCAUUCAAGACCAUCAUCACCCAGGUAACUACAACCUCCACGACAACAGUGGUCUCCACUGAGACAGUGGUAGCCAAAGUGCCCCCGAAAGUAUCUGGGGAGUCGAAAGCGCCUGUGGUGACGGCGGAGAGCAGUGCGGUGUCGACUCUCGCCACCAUGACCAAAACAACAGUGACCAAAAUCUGUUCCUCCGGACUCGAUGGUCAGUCAGAAGACACCCAGAGUAAUGAAGUCACUCAAGAGCAAAAGACCACGCUCUCUGCCUGUGUUAGUAAGUCAGCGACCGAUACCCGCGGCGGGGUGUCGGUGUCAUCGAUCACCGUGAGCCAGGAGGACUCCUCGUCCACCAAGGGCCGCGUGCGACUCCUCCGAUUCUGCCGCACCAAGAAGAUGCGCUCCGACACAGCCCUUCCCUCCUACUGCAAGUUUGUCACCAAGAGCAGCCGCAGGAGUAUUUUCGUGCUGCCUCACGACGACCUGAAGGUGUUGGCGAGGCGGGGCGGGUUCCGUGAAGUGCUGGUGUUCAGUUACAACGCCAAGCCGGCGCUGGAUAUCUGGCCUUAUCCGUCACCCAGGCCCACGUUUGGCAUCAGCUGGAGGUAUCGGCUGCAGACGGUGAGGUCUCUGGGGGGAGUCAGCCUCAUGCUCAGGCUGUUGUGGGCUUGUCUGAGAUGGGACGACAUGGCGGUCAAACCGUCGGCUGCUGUCGGCACCACGCGUACAGCCCUAUCCCCACUCAUUGCCACAGAGACAUCAGAUACCGAAAUCACCACCACAGAGAUCAUCAAGCGGCGGGAUGUUGGACCGUAUGGCAUUCGCUCGGAGUAUUGCAUUCGCAAAAUCAUCUGCCCCUUGGGAGUGCCCGAGACGCCAAAAGAAACUCACACCCCUCAGAGGAAGGGUCUGCGCUCCAGUGCCUUACGGCCCAAGAAGCCUGAACCCGCGAAACAGACGGGCCCCGUGGUGAUUGAGUCCUGGGUGGCUGAGGAGGAGCUGGAUCUCUGGGAGAUAAGAGCCUUUUCUGAAAGGGUGGAGAAAGAGAAAGCUCUAGCAGCAGAGCAGGCAAAAAAGCGUCUUGAGCAGAAACCAGGGUCCAUCACGGCUACUCCCACAGGCACUGCUUCAAUACCUGCUGCCACACCCAAAGUCAUCGUUGGUUCAAUUUCGGGCCAGGGUACCCCCACCGCCAAAGUGGUGCUGUCCACUAAGAUGGGCUCCCCAGUCACAUUCCAGCCGAACAAGAACUUCCAACAGUCAUUUGCCACUUGGGUCAAGCAGGGUCAGAGCACCCAAGUAGCAGGUGCAGAGACAACUGUGGCCACGUCAAGCGGACACACUUUACACAUUACAGGAACUUCAGUCAGCGGAAAAGUCGUAACCACCAAGCUGCCUCUUCCUGCGAAUAGCAAGAUCGUCACAGUCAACGUGCCAAGUACACAAGGAGGUGUGGUUCAGCAGAAAGUGUUGGGCAUCAUCCCAUCCAGUACGGCAGGUGCUGCCCAAACCUACACCACAUUCCAGCCACGCACCACCACGCUCAACAUCAAGCCCAACACGCCGGGCUCUCAACAGCAGGUUUUGGCUGGUGGUGGUCAGAUUCGUCCAGGAAUGACAAUGAUUCGGACCCCAAUCCAGCAGACUGGAACAAUGGGAAAGACAAUACUCCGCACACCUCUUGUGGUACAACAAGGUCAGGGUGGACAGCAAGUGGUGACACAGAUUAUCCGUGGUCAGGCAGUUUCCACGGCAAUACCUACUGCCAGCUCCGUCACCACAGUAACGGGUCAGGGAGUGGCCAGUCCAAACGCAGCGGGUCAGACGGCAGGCCAGACACCACCUGGCACCCCACGGACACAGGGCCAAGGCCAGGUUAAGCUCACCAUGGCCCAGCUCACACAGCUCACACAGAAACAGCAGGCCGGGUCCACUGUGGACAGACAGGCUGGUGUGAGUGGGGCUCAGCAGGCUCUGACUGUAAUGGUUCAGGGUCAGGGGCAGACCACUGGCCAGCUGCAGGUCAUACCUCACGGCGUCACUGUCAUUCCGGGACCCGGGCAGCAGCUCAUGCAGGCGACACUGCCCAAUGGCCAGGUGCAGCGUUUCCUUUUCACCCCCUUGGCUUCGGCUGCCGCACCUACUACAAGCACGGCCACCGCGGUUCCGAGUGUGCCCAGCUCCACCUCCAACAAAACCCCAGCUCAGCCCGCACAGCAAGCUGCCGCCCCAAUCCAGGCCGGCGCCAGCCCGCUGGCCCCAACCAGCACGCCUUCGUUAGCCACCCCCCAGGGCCAGUUACCCCCUCAGACACAGGCCCAAAUGCCCAUCCAGUCUCCCACGUCACUCCAGGUCAAAACUCAGGGGGGAACGGCCCAGCUGCAGCUGCAGCAAACGCCCCAGAUCAUCAGCAUGUCGGGACUGCAGCAGCAGGUACAGGUGUUGGCCCAGCUGCAGGCCCAGCAGGGUGGAGGCUCUCUGCCACAGCACAUCAAAUUGCAGCUUCCUAUCCAGAUACAACAGAGUGGGACCACCUCGGCACAGGGCGGACAGAUUGGAAAUGUAGUAACCAUCCAGGCAGCAUCUGUCCAAGAGCAGCUGCAGAGGAUCCAGCAGCUCAGAGAGCAGCAGCAGAAGAAGAAGAAACAGGCCGCAGAAGCAAAGAAAGAGCUGUCCCUGAGCGCCGCCAACCAAAGCGACAUCAUUCAGAAACAGGUGGUCAUGAAACAAAACGCUGUGAUUGAGCACCUUAAACAGAAGAAGACCAUGACGCCUGCGGAGAGGGAGGAAAACCAGAGAAUGAUCGUCUGCAACCAGGUGAUGAAGUACAUCCUCGACCGGAUAGACAAAGAUGAGAGGCAGGAGGCCAAGAGGAAGAAGAAGGAAGAAGUGGUGGAGGCUAAGAGGAGGUUGGCUAACGCUAGUAAACUGUCUUCGCUCCUGUACCGACACAAAGAGAGCCUAAAGAUGGAGAUUCUGAAGAAACGGGCGCUUCUGGACAAAGAGCUGCAGCUGGAGGCUCAGGAGGAGCUGAAGAGGGACCUGUUGCGCAUGAGGAGGGAGAAGGAGAGGGCUCAGGCUGCAGCGCAGCAGGCCGCCCAGGCGGCCGCCGCCGCCCACAACCAGCAGCAGCAAACUCUGGCACACACGCACGGCGGCGCCUCCCAGCACCACCUCACCACGCCCGUCACCUCCACACACAAGAGGAAACGGGAGGAGGAGAAGGAGAUAGCAAUGACAACCAAGUCCAAGAAGAAGAAAAUGAUCUCUACAACAAGCACAAAGGAGAGCAAGAAGGACACAAAGCUGUACUGCAUCUGCAAGACACCCUACGACGAGACCAAGUUUUAUAUCGGCUGCGACCUUUGUACUAACUGGUAUCACGGGGACUGUGUGGGCAUCACGGAGAAGGAGGCUAAGAAAAUGGACGACUACAUCUGCGUGGAGUGUAAACGGGGCCAGGAGAGCAGCACCGAGGAGCUGUACUGCAUUUGUCAAACUCCAUACGACGAGUCCCAGUUUUACAUCGGCUGUGAUCGAUGUCAGAACUGGUACCACGGCCGCUGUGUGGGAAUCCUGCAGAGCGAAGCCAACCACAUCGACGAAUACGUGUGUCCGCAGUGUCAGUCCACAGAGGACGCCAUGACCGUCUUCACGCCGCUCACAGAGAAAGACUACGAAGGCCUGCGGAGGAUCCUCCGUUCUCUGCAGGCACAUAAAAUGGGGUGGCCGUUCCUGGAGCCAGUGGAUACGAAUGAUGCCCCGGACUACUACAGGGUUAUCAAGGAACCAAUGGACCUGUCCACCAUGGAGGAGAGGUUGCAGAAGCAUGAGUACAUCAAGCUGACUGAGUUUGUAGCAGACAUGACCAAAAUCUUCGACAACUGCCGUUACUACAAUCCCAGCGACUCGCCCUUCUACCAGUGUGCCGAGAUUCUGGAAAAUUUCUUUGUCCAGAAGCUCAAAGGCUUUAAAGCCAGCAGGUGA